AUGGCGGAACAUCUCAACGGGCGAUACAUACUGGAGUCUCAGGAAAAUCUGGAAGAAUAUCUCAAAGCUCUGGAGCUAAACAUCGCCCUGAGGAAGGUUGUUCUCUUCUUGCGCCCAGAAAAAGAAUUUGUGGUGGACGGAAACCACAUGAUCAUUCGCACACUCAGCACCUUCCGUAAUUACAUUAUGGACUUCACGCUUGGUGAGGAGUUUACGGAGGACCUCAGUUCUAUUGAUGGGCGAAUCUGCAAGGUACAUACCAAGGCGAAUCGGUACACGGGCAUAGGAGGGGUCAGGGCAGCAGUGGUGGGAUGUGGCAAACGUAGCUUUCUAUAG